GCAGCAAAUGGUGCAGUAUCUGUACUGAAUAGCCAACAAGCGGAAUGGAUAAUGGAGUGCCUGUUAGAAGUCAUUUGUCAACUACAGGAAUGUGAUCCUGUAAAGAGAAAAUUAUUAUAUGCUGAUCUGUAUGAGAAUUUAAAGGACUUAACUAGAAUCAAGUUCCAAAACCUGUUCAAUAAAAGCAGUAUUUUUGAUGUCAUCUUGAAGUCUUUUGAAAAAAAUGGAUAUAUUUACACUGUCAUUCAGAAUAGCAAUUUGAAGAUGACAGAUAGCAGCUUGGAACUUAUACCAUCAUUAUCAAGUUUACAGUUGUCUAGCAGAGCAGAAUAUGGUGACAGUAGGUAUGCAAAUGAAUUUAAGGAAAUUAAAGGUAUUGGACAUGGAAGUUUUGGUAGCGUUUUUCAGGUCCGGUCUCAUCUUGAUCAAAACGAAUAUGCUAUAAAGAAAAUUUAUUGUAAGAACUACCAGUUGAAGCAGCAGGCUCAGCAAGAAGUAAAACAUUUUUCAAGACUUUCACAUCCAAAUGUUGUCAAUUAUAAAACCUCCUGGAUAGAAAAUGAUUUGAGUCCACAAAGUUCUGAAGAUACUUCAUGUGAAAAUGUUUCAAGUUUAGAAACCAGCAGUGAUAGGGUUUCUGAAGAUUCUUUAAUAUAUUUCAAAAAUUCCCCAAUGUUCUUCGAAGAAGAAGAGGGAAAAGAUUACUCUGUGCCACGCAUUGGAGUUUGCCAAACACAAGAAGUUCAAAAACUCAGUUCCUCAAAAGUUAUAAGCACUUGCUAUCCUACACCCGCUGAAAGAUGCUUUAAUUCACAGUAUAAAGAUUCACUCGUAAAGAUAACAGAAAUAACAAGCAAAACUCAAAGUUCAUCAUCAUCUCUACUGAAUACUAAUGCUUCUGAAUUAGGUGAACAUGAUUCCAUAAGUUACAAUGAUGAAGGCCUGUGUGAUAAAUCCAUAAAUUCAAGUGUAGAGGAUUUGCCUCAUUACAAAAAUCAAAAUACAAGAUUCAACUCAAAAAGUUACUCAGGAUUUGAGAAAAGAGAAACUUGUAUAGUUUUGAAAACAAUGGAUCAUUGGUCAAUGCCAUUAGUAAAGGAGUCAGGUCUUCUAGCAUUGGACCGUUUUCAAAAUGGAAGUGCGUGUAUCAGUAUGUUGAGGAACCUUUAUAUGCAGCCAGUGACUUUGUACAUUCAGAUGGAGCUAUGUGGAAUGAGACUCAAAGAUUAUUUGAAUGAAAGAAAUAACACUGAACCCCAAACAGGACCAGAAGUAUUUUCUAAAGUGGAUUUGGAAGAAGUAUUGAACAUUUUCCAACAAUUACUGAAAGGUGUGGAUCACAUUCAUUCCAAAGGUCUUAUUCAUAGGGAUUUAAAGCCCCAGAACAUACUGUUUGAUAUUGGGAAUAACCAUAAGGUUAAGAUAGGAGACUUGGGAUUAUCUACAAUGUCCUCUGCUACAAUUGAUACCGACUAUCAUGAUGACAUCUCCAGCCAUACACCAAAUGUAGGGACCUGUCUGUAUUGUGCACCUGAACAAAAGAAAGGCUCAUCUUAUGAUUUUAAGGCUGAUAUGUUUAGUUUGGGAGUUAUUUUGUUGGAGCUUUUACACCCUUUUGCCACAGAAAUGGAGAGAGUUGAAUGUUUAAGGGGACUUCAGUCAGGAAUAGUUCCAAGUGAAAUAGAGCAGAAGUGGCCAGAACUGACAAAAGUUAUAAAAAGUCUCACCCAAACAGACCCAGGAAAACGGCCAAUGGCUUUAGAAGUACUCAACUCUCUGUCUCCUAACAAGACUGAGAUUAUCAAAGAUUUGCAAAAAUGUUACCAGGAGCUGCUUUAUACCACUGAAGAACAAAAAAGAAUGCUUGAAGAACAAAGAAAGCAAUUAUUUUUUUUGUGUCAGUCCAAGGAUAGUUUGAACAAAGAAAAUCAAGAACUACGUAUUCAACUGCAAAAUAAAGAAUUAGAACUAGAAAGUUUGAGAAAUAAUUCUUACAGUAAAAGAACAUGAUUUGUGAUGCAAAAAUGUUUUAGAGUAAAACUAAAAGCUUGUACUGUACAGGGAUUUGUAUUCUGCUGAUUGUGUAGCAUUUAUUCUGUCAUGAACUAAGAGAUUGUCUAAGGUUUUUGCUAUUUUCAGGAAAAUAAUCACUUCUGUAAAAUAUUCUUUAAGUAGCAUGUUGAUUAUUUCUGUCAUUGACUCUGCUGUACCAAUAAAUCCUGGUAUUGACCAACACUUGUCAUCGGUUGCAUUGUUCCUGAAUAGUUUGUUCUUUUGUCAAAAGUAGUAUUACUUCAAGAGAAAUUAGGUCAAAAGAAAAUAAUUAAUGCUAGUAAUGUUACUACAAUUAAUUACUGAACUAGCUAAUAACUUAGCAAAUUCUAAUUAAUUAAUAUAAUAUUAAAACAUCUUUUGUAAAUUAUUUUAAAGA